AUGCGUUCGAACCCAUUGCGGCUCGUCGUGAGCCUUACCGCCGUCAUUGUGGCGGUUAUGCCUGUCUUUACGUCUGGAUCCCCCGUCGCCACAAGCGCAGCGCCUUCCCCGUCCUCCUCCGACGAAUGGAUCUUCCGCACAACCAGUAUCAACACUACGUCCUUCCAGGCCGAGCCCUACGUCUCCAACGGAUACAUUGGUGCUAGAUUGCCCGCCGAGGGUAUGGGUCUUCGUAUCCAUCCGGCGAUUGACUAUGAUGACAUGAACGGCACCCAAGGCUGGCCUCUCUUUUCCCUUCGCCAAACGGCUUCGAUUGUUGCGGGGUUUUAUGGACUCCAGAAUGAGACACGGGGGACCAAUUUUGAACAAACAGGAGGCGAGCAAGUGAUUUCGCUGCUCCCGACAUGGACGUCGCUGUACCUCACCGUUUCCUCUGCCCCAGGUUCUGGCACCAGUGAUUCGGCGACUUAUCGGGUCGAUGUCGAUCUUGAACAGAUAAAGUCCUUCUCUCAGUCGCUCUCUAUGCGUGAUGGCAUUGUCGAAACCAUCGUCGUUUGGUCGCCGUUCAAGUCUACAAACAACAACAGUUCAGCCACAAGUGACAUCCUCCUUCACUACACCGUCCUGGCGCAUCGAUCGCGUCCUAGUCUGGGUCUUGUUCGUCUGGACGUCUCUGGUUUGGCGGGUGGUCAACAAGUCGUGAUCACGGAUGCGAUUGAUGGGGCUGGUGCACAGCGAGUCGAGGGUGAGCAGGCUGGCAAGGUGAAAGAGACCGAGUUGCCCUAUGCGAUCUACUCUGCUGUCCGACCCUCAGGGAUCACCAAUGUUACCGCCUGGGAGAUUUCAACCCUCAGCAUCAUCUCGUCCGACAAGAAGGCUGCCAAGGCCUCAGCUGUUGAUACUCCCGACAGUGUUGGUCUUAACAACAAUGCCAAGAGCUCCGCUACCGUUGCCCAGUCCUACUCAGUCACGGUUCCCUCCAAUGGCAAGAUCUCGGUCUUCAAGGCGGUCGGUAUUGCUUCCUCCGAUGCCUUUGAGGGAACUGAGCGAGACACGGCACUGAAGACGGCCAAGCAAGCACGGAAAGACGGAUGGGAGAGUCUGGUUAAGGAACACAAGGCUGCCUGGGAGACACUCUGGGCCGACGGCGGUGAGGUGAUCAUCCACGGAGCCGAGAAGAGAUCCAGCAACAGCACCAGCGAAUCAACCAGUCUCCUCACCGAGAUCCAGACAACCACCCGAUCCAGCUUGUUCCAUCUCUUGGCCAACGUCCGCAGUGGUCUUGAGGGCAAGGGUCUGGGCGAUAACAGUAUUGCUCCAGCUGGAUUGACGUCGGAUUCGUAUGCGGGAGGAAUCUUUUGGGAUGCCGAUACAUGGAUGUACCCAAGUCUGUUGUCGUUGUUCCCGGACUAUGCGAUGAGCAUUAACAACUACCGCACCAAGAACCUCGGCGCCGCGAUGGAGAAUGCUAAGCAGUUCAAUCGAUCUGGACUCUUAUACCCUUGGGUCGCAUUCCGUUACGGCAACUGCACCGGAAUUGGUCCAUGCUAUGAUUACGAGUACCACUUGAACAACGAUAUUGCGCUGGCUCAGUGGCAGUACUUUUUGUCGACCAACAACAAGACUUGGCUCGCUGACUACGGAUACCCGAUCAUGAAGGCUGUCUCAGACUUCUGGGGCAGCCAGGUCAUCCGCCAGCCUGGCACUCCUGGGUUCACAACCAAGAACGAGACGGACCCGGAUGAAUACGCCAACUUUAAGGACAAUGCAGCAUUCACGAACGCAGGAGCAUCAGUGACCCUCAGGAACAGUAUCGAGGCAGCCAAGAUCCUGGGUAUCUCCUCAUUGACACCCAGCAACUGGAGUGACAUUGCCGACAACAUUGCCAUCCUCUACGACAACUCGUCCAACAUUGUCCUCGAAUACGACGGUUUCAACGCCACGACGCCCGUCAAGCAAGCCGAUGUCGUCCUCUUGAUCUACCCACUCGAGUACCCUGUCCCCAACCCCAAGGGUGACCUCGCCUUUUAUGCGGGUGCCAACAGUCCUAAUGGCCCCGGAAUGACCUACUCGAUUUUCAGUAUUGACUCUGCACAGUUGUCGUACCAGGGUUGCGAGGCGUUCACAUACCUCCUGCAGAGUUCUGAGCCUUAUGUCCGUGAGCCGUUCCAUCAGUUCUCGGAGCAGACGUCCGAUAUCUAUGCGGAUAAUGGGCACACCAACCCGGCGUAUACUUUCUUGACGGGCAAUGUCCCCGGAAACAAGGCCCAAUGCCCACCCUCGGUCAUCUCCAAAGACCCCAUCCUCCCCGGUCAAUACGCACUCGCAGCCGUGGACGGAUCUAACGCGACCUACUGGCGUCCCAGCACUCGCGCCCCUGCAUCCAUGACCAUCGAUUUGGGCCGCACACAGUCCAUCAAGGGAUUCCAUUUCAAUUUCAACCAUAACCCGCCUGUCAACUAUACUAUUCUUGUUGGUAACAGUGCUGAGGAUGCAGAGUUGAAGGAGGUGGCGAAGGUCGAUAAGGUCGAGAUUACGGCGCCGUAUGAUACGCAGGAUGCGAAUGUUGUGAAGAUUAGGUUGGGCAAUACGAGUGAUGUUUCGUUGGCGGAGAGGGUGAGGGCGAGGUUUGUGAAGUUGGUGGUGGAGGGUGUUUUGACGGAUGAUGGUACCUCUGCUGGUGCUACUGUUGCUGAGGUCGUUGUCUAUUAG